GGUGUGUGUAAGCUGGUGGUGGGAGUGUCAGUGGGCUCUAAUUGGGGUGUGGAAUUCUUCUCUCACGUGACAGAAUCCUGACAUGUGCACAUGUCGUUACCAAACUCUGCUCCAGUCCAGUCACAAUUUCCAUACCUUCUGAGUCCCUGGUUCAUUCUGGAUCAGUGCUGGAAUGGAACAGGGACAUGGACCUUGCUGUCAUAGGACUCAGAGAUGGUAUUGUGGGCAGUCAGGUUCCGGAACCAAUCUGGGACCAGAUCCACCGGUCUCAUUCUCAGUCUGUGGCGGAGAGACGACCACAGGACUACCGUGGGGGACCAGUGUGUGCCAUUGGCUACGAAUGUCCACCAUGGCAGUCCAGUGCUCCGCUGGUGACGAG